AUGUUCUACCAGAGACAAGAUAAGAAGGUGCAGACUAUGUCCAAUCCACUGCUGAGACAUGUGACAUUGGAUCCACCACUACAGUCACACAAUGUGUCAGAAGUGGAGCAGAUUAUGCUCAAUGCCAGCGGUUCGCAGGUUCUACUACUGGCCAAAAGUUGGCUGAAGGUUAUACGCCUGCCUGUGGAGGUUACAUGUAAACCACAGAGUCUACAGCGAAGAAAGAGCGAUGAAAGAACGCUGAGGUAUCUUGUGAAAUAUGAGGACGGAAGCGAGCAGAAUGUCAUGCUGAAAGAAGAGGAGCUUAGUGAUCCAGAUGACGUGCUGAAACAGGUUAUGCGACGCGCUGUUCCGGACAAGUUCGUAGCAUUUGUAUCGCAAGAACAAUGUGUGGCAGCAGUGAGAUCGAUUGGGUAUUUUUCUACUGUGCGCCACGCGGCAUGGCACCCAUGGAGUGACAAACAUCUCGUCGUACUUUCAGAUGCAGAAGAGAUUGAAGUGUUUAAUACGCAGCAAGACGUAUCUAAACCUGAGCAACGUCACCGUCUGGAUUUUCCUACCAAAGCUCGUGCGACAAAAGCUGUUUCCGUGUACUUUAGUUUUGGUGCUUCGAUUCAACUUCAGCAGCACCAAGCUUCGCAGAUGUACGCGGCACAGAUUUGGGAUGCGUUCACGUGUUAUCUGCUACGCUCGGACGGUUCUGUGUACGCACUCUGCCCAUUGGUACCGUAUGGUUGCUGCGCUAGCAAAACAUUCCUUCAGGUUUUGAGCAACGAAGUGGAUGCGCAGAUUACUAUUUGCAAGCAGAAAAUGGAAAACACUGGCAGCGGACUGCAGUCUCGUUUCCUUGAGUUGAAGUCACAAAAGUACUGGCUCCAAGAAGGAUGGGCGCAGGCAUCCUCACUGGCGCAACGUAACAGCUCUCAGGUACAAGCGUCACCGGCAGGAGAUGACAAAAUUAAUUUGGAUGCGUUCUGCUACCUAAGUCCUCAUGUGAGCGGCAUGUCGCCUGAUACGUGGCCUCUUGCUCUACAAGGCCCCGUUGACGUGACACCCCAGUCGAUUGUGGAAGGUAAAAACCAAGUGUCUGGAGGAUCUUCUGCAACGUCACUGGUGGUGGUGCCGCAUGCUUCACGUAACUUUUUGGAAAAUUGCUCGUUUAGUGCAUCACCCUUCCUGAUGCGUACAUAUACAUCAGGUCAUGUCGAGCUGAUCUUACUAGACGCUCCUAUACGGCCGCAGUGGAGAAGUUAUUGCCAGCCAGCAGUUACGACCGCCGCGCGCAAACUGCCAGCAUUGCUAGUGGAGUGUCUCAACCUUGGCAUUGACGAUUCUGGUGGCAAAGCUGUGCUCGAGCGGGACGCUACUGACCCGCGGCUAGUCUAUUGCCUGCACUCUACAGGAGUGCAUGUUAUUAACGUUAGCUGGGUAGUUGCGCUCGCUUCGGGCAAGCAGUUCACGACGCUGCCGAAGAGCUCCGUUCGUCACGUCUUCAGUGUAUCACCUAACAGUGUCUGUCCUUCUUCUCCAGCUGCCACAGUUGCACCCGAUGCUGUUGUUUCGAAUGUCGUUGGUGUACGGGUCGUAAAGAAUGUCAACUUUGGGCACUUACUGCUGCUACGUCUGGCAUCCGGCGAUUUUGAAGUCGUGAAUGUUAGUGCUGCGUCCAGCGAGCUACUUAAAGGAGUACUUAUGGACAGCAGUAAUGCUAGUACAGAUAAACGUAUCGACAAUAUGCAGAAGACACUACCCAGCACGUUAGCAUCCAUGGCAUGUUCCAAGUCGCGGGCUCCCGUGACGGCAUACAGCAGCAAUACAAGUGAGGGCGGGAUUCGGCCAUUUGGAGAUAUCGUCGAGGAAAAGUUGGAGGCUCUUAGUGCGCGCGGAACCAGGGUGACUGGCAACACGUUGAUGCACGAAGUUGACGACGCUGUGCUUGCAUUUGUGCUGGAGCGAGUGAGAAUAUUGCACGAGGACGUGGAGUACAUUGACGAGAUAGACCAGCUCAUGCACGACCGACUUCAAUGGCAUGCUACAAUAAUAAAGGCGCAUGCCGAAAAAGUGAUGCUUGUGCAGAAGAACGCGGACGACGCUAGGGCCUCGAUGAAGAAGCUUCAGGAGAAAAUGGGACGUGCCCUAGCAGUGCAACAGAAUCUUAGCAAGCGUGCGGCAGCUGUGCUCCAGGCAGUAAAGGAAAAUCAACCGUAUUUAUCGCGUGCUGAGCGUGAGUUCAAGACUGAGUUAGAGCUCAUGGCUGUCGAGGUGCGCCGCAUGAAGUCUCGGGUUGCGGAGUUGACAGUACAAGGCCAAUGUGCAGUGCGUUUUCUGGAGAACUCGGCACUCUCAACAUCUUCCUCGAGUCGGUAUUGGAGUCUUCUCAGUGGCAAAAGGACCUCUUUGGUGCUGUCAACCGAGAAGCAAAAAAUGUGCUUUGACGUGCUGCAUGCUGAGACACAGCUAAUUGACGAUACGAAGGUGUUGCUGGAAGACCUGAGUACGAAUCUGCAGCAGAUGAACGAAUACUUCUGCAAACAAGAAUCCUUGUGGGCAACUAGCUCGCAAAGCUGGCUCAUACAGAUCUAUCACAUCUACCUGCGCUGUCAUUCGCAGCCGGAUCAGCACCAGUUCAAACCACGUGCAAUUGCUUCGUAUUACGACAAGGUGCUGAGCUCAGAAGGCCACACGGGCUUUUUACCUUCCACACGCCGCUACCAGUCAGUGCGCAGCUACUUCAAAUGUCGAUGUGUGCCAUCAUUCCGCUGCGCGUAUUGUGGUGGAUGCGAGUCGUGCAGUUGUUUGUGUCACACGCUGUUCCAGACCCGCUUUCGUUUCACUGCUCCUGCAAACCUGGAGAGACUGCGAGCGGAUGUAGACGCCGUCGUCAAGUACCAUCAGCAGCAACUUCAGCAGCAACUUCAACAGCAACAGCAACUUCAACAGCAACAGCAACAUCAGUAG